AUGGAUUUCGAUCAGAAUGCUGAUAUUAUUGUUGAUUUUGAUGGGAAGUCUAUUAAAAUUGACACUGAAGAAGAUGCGAAGGAUAUUUUGGAAGCCUUUAACAAACACCAAUCCAUGACUGCUCUUCGCUUGUCGGGCAAUACUGUCGGCGUGGAUGGAGCUCACUCAAUUGGCUCUGCAUUGGCGGCGCAUAAAAAUCUGAAACGAUGUCUUUUUAGCGACAUGUUUACAGGUCGUAUGGUCGACGAGAUCGCUCCCGCGCUGAAGCAAAUUUCUGUGGGCAUAAUGUCAUCUGGUGCUCAUCUUACUGAACUCGACCUAAGCGAUAAUGCAUUUGGCCCACGUGGUGUUGUGGGCGUGACAGAUCUGUUGAGCAGCCCAGCGUGCUUUACAUUAAAGGUUUUACGUAUGAACAACCAAGGCCUUGGUCAUCAAGGCGCUAAGUAUUUGGCUGAAGCUUUAUCAAAAGGCAUUAAGGAAAGCGGUGGGAAGGGUCUCAAAUUAGUUCACUUUUCUGCCGGGCGCAACCGUCUCGAAAAUGUUGGGGCAUGUUUGUUAUCCGACGUCUUCUCACAAAUGCAAUCGCUGGAAGAACUCCAUUUGUAUCAAAAUGGCAUUGGAAUUCACGGCUCUGAAGGGAUUAAGGCUCUGUCCUCUGCAAUUUCCAAGAACACUCAGAUGCGUGUACUAAAUUUAUCCGAUAAUUCAUUAAAGGAAGAAGGCGGCAUUGAAGUAGCUAGAACCUUAAAGUGGCUGCCUCACCUGAAGGAGCUUAUGCUUGAUGAUUGUCUGAUACGUUCCCGGGGUUGUCGUGUUUUGGCGCAUUAUCUCGAACGGGACGAUUUCGUCCCGGACCUUUGUCGUCUGAGUCUUUAUGGCAAUGAGAUAAAACGCGAUGCCGCAGUAUUUUUGGCCUUCAGUCUAGCUAACAGGUCUAAUCUAACUCAUUUAUCAUUGAAUGGCAACGAAAUUGGUCCCGCCGGUAUUGAGGAGGUCCUGCAAGUCCUCAGUGCCGAGAAUCUCCUACACGCAAUCGCGGCCGAAGCCUUGUCGGUCGGUGAAGAAGAGGAAGAUGAUGACGAUGAUGUAUACCAUCGUGCUUUCAAUGAUGAUGCAGGCAGUGACAACGAAGAUGAUGUGAUCGAGGAAUAUGAGUUUGAAUCGGAUAAUGAUGAGGGAAGUCAGGAGGAUUAUAAUGGUAAUGAAGAGGAUGACGACUAUGAGGACGGAGAGGAGGAAGGGGAUGAUGAGGCGGAAAACUCAUUUGUCACCGUAAAAGACACUAAUGAGAAACCAAACAAACCAUCAGGUGACGACUCAGCCAACCAAACUGGCACCACCGGUGGUAGUGGUUUUAGUUUCCUUUCCUGUCUUUCGAGUCUGCAGAAGGAAAAUCUUCCCAGGGAGAAUUUGUUUGCUGGAUUGAAUAUGACAGCUUCAACUGCAUCGGGUGCCUUAUUUGGUAACAAAUCAUCUUCUCCUUUUUCGAGUAAACUGUUCGCCCCGCCGAAAUUAUCCACCUCGACACUACCUGCUUCUUCUAGCUUUGGACAAUCUGGAUUGUUUUCAUCACUGUCCCUUCCACAAGUUCAGCCUUUUGACGAAAAGUCCAUAUUGGAAUCACUAAAAGCAGCUCUCAGCGACACGGAGAAUGAUGAUUCAGUUACGGCUUUAAUUGACAAGCUGACUAAACAGUCGCCUCCACCCAAUUGGAGACUAAACUUUGAGGAGAUUUCGUCAGUUCCACCAGAGUCUGUUGUACGAUUGGCCUUUAGGAGUUGCCAGAAGUCUUCCUCACCCAGCGCGCAGAAUCUGGCUUGCGAUCUUCUUCUGGCUGCACUGACACGAAAAAGCGGCACAGCCUCCACCUCCUUAGUUCUUCCCUCGGCAAGGGCUGUAAAUCACAUACUCUUGCAUCUAGACGCUAUUAAGCCUGAUCGAAGCGACACAGUGGAGCGAAAUGUCCACACAGAGGUCAGCAAUCCUCAGAAUUUGACCACUGCUAUAGACUUGGUGGCGUCUCUGCUCAAACGUCAUGGAGAUCUCUUGGGUGACGAUAUACGAAAACCUUUGGCUCUGCUCAUUUCACAGCAUCGGAAGCAAAACAUCGCUUUAGAGUCACUUUUAGACGCCUUAGGAACAAAAAUGAGCUCCCUUUCCUUGUCAACUUAA